CUAUUGAAGUAUAUAAUUAUUUAGAUAUGUAUAUGUAUAUGAUAAGUAGUUAUACAAGUAAGCAGAACGUUUACAUGGGACAACUCGUGUAACUAUUUAUUUUACAUAUAUAUUUAAAUAAUUUAAUUUAAAUUUCCCUCCUGAAUGUAUAUUGCAUUUCUUAAAGUGAUUCAUUGUCUAAUAAUUCUAUAUUCACAGAUCUGUGUAGAGGUGCAACGAGAGAUGCGAAUAAAAAGAGUCAUCUACUUGAAUUUAUACAGAAUUAUUAUAUGUACAGGAGUGUACUAUAAUUAUUUGAUAUUUAAUAUCUCAAGUAGCCGCAGCAAACUAAAAUUGUCAAUUUUAAAUUGUUUCCGUUUGAAGUGUCUCUUUUUCGAAUUGUACCGCCACUAGUCGAAUGACGUAUGUACGUCACACUAAACACGCCUUUAAUCGCAUUUGAUGCCUUGUCGAUAGAUAGACGAGUCAUAUUAUGAUGAGAAUUGCGAUUUAAAAGUGACCGUUUCUUCUUCUCCUUUCAUCUUUUUUAAAAAAGUCGCAAUACGUCGUAGAAGGGAACGCGUUAAGUGCGCGAAACUGCGCGCUAAAAUGAGUCUUAAUAUAACAAAGUUAUUUUCAAGGAAGAAAACUGGCCCGGUUGAUACAGUCGCUGAGAUUGGUUUACCUACUAACGUUUCUCAUAAAUUUCAUGUGAGUAAAAAUGCCGAGACUGGACAAUUGGAAGGUCUUCCCGAAUCUUGGAUUCGCCUGUUGAAUACGCAAAUAUCAAAAUCAGAACAGGAUGAGAACCCUGCUGCAGCUUUACAAGCCAUUAAAUAUUAUAAUUAUUCUAUGAAACGAAAACCAGAGGAAAAAGUAUUUAAACCUUUUGUUACGGAAGAUUUGAUCGAGGAAGAGUCUCAAGAAAUUGAUAAAAUUUUGUCGAAGAAACGUCACUCUGAAGAUUCUGAUGGAUCGAGCUCUGCAAGUUCUACGGAUAGUCAAGUGCAAAGGUUACCCGAACUUCCACCAAAAGUGAAUAAGAUUCCAAAACCCACACCACGAAUAUAUCCUGAUAGGGUUGAGAAAACUCUUACUGAGAUUCUUGAAGAUUUAAAUACAUAUCAAAUUGAAGAUGAUCAGUUGCCUGAGAAUGAAAGUGAACAAAAUAAAGUAGAAGAGAGUCCUAUUUUGCGAAGGAAGACAGAAUGUUCAACGGUAAGGCUUAAUGAUGAAGAGAUUUUUGAAGAACUUCGAGCUAUCUGCCACGAUGGAGAUCCAAAUCUUCGCUUUGAAAAAACUAAAGAAGUUGGAGCUGGUGCUUCAGGUACUGUAUUCAUAGCUAGCGACGUACAAACUGAUCAAAAAGUUGCUAUAAAAGACAUAGAUUUAUCAAAGCAGCCUAAAAAAGAACUUAUAUUGACUGAAAUUAAAGUUCUCAAAGAAUUUCAACAUCCAAACCUGGUUAAUUUCUUGGAUGCAUACCUUUUAAAUGAACAUCUCUGGGUUAUUAUGGAAUUAUUAGAAGGUGGGCCACUUACAGAUGUUGUUACUGAAACUAUAAUGAAAGAAGCACAAAUUGCAGCAGUUUGUAGAGAAGUUCUAAACGCAAUUAGUUUUUUACAUACAAGAGGAAUUAUUCAUAGAGAUAUCAAAUCAGAUAAUGUACUUCUUGGUAUGAACGGUGCUGUGAAAGUUACAGAUUUUGGUUUUUGUGCUAAUAUCGAUGGUGACGAAAAACGUCAAACUAUGGUUGGUACUCCAUACUGGAUGGCACCAGAAGUAGUGACCAGAAAACAAUAUGGUAAAAAAGUAGAUAUUUGGUCUUUAGGUAUUAUGGCUAUUGAAAUGAUAGAAGGUGAACCACCUUAUAUGAAAGAAACACCUUUAAGAGCUUUAUAUUUAAUUGCUGCCAUUGGUAAACCUUCUAUUCCUAGGUGGGAUACUCUAAGCCCGACAUUUCAAAACUUCUUAGAGAGAUGUUUGGCAGUUGAAGUCGAUGAAAGGGCAACUGCUGAUGAAUUAUUGUCUCAUCCAUUUUUAGAAAAUUGCGCAGAAUUAACAAGUCUGAUACCCUUAAUAAGAACAGCGCAAAGAAUUCUUCAUAAAGUGUUUCACUAAAUAAUUUUUUUUUUUUUAAGUAGAAAUCAAACAUCUAUUUUUAUUUUCAAAUACAUGUAUUUAGUUUCUUGAAUAUAUGUGUAGCAUUGCAUUUAUAUUAUCUAUACAAUGCAAAAGCAUCCUAUAUACUGCAUAUAAUUUAGAUAUAUGUAGUGCAGUGAUUUUAUGUAUUUUAUAUAUGACCACCUAUUAUAUUUAUAUCAAUGUUACCAAAUUUGUAAUAGAAAUAGUAUAAGUUAUAGCAAUGAAAAAAUUACUAGAAGAUUUAAAAUCUAAUUUUUAAAAAGUAGUUAUUCAUUUAUUGCAGUAACUUUCAUAACACAAUAUAUGUGAUAGGUUAAUCUCUAUUGCUUCAGUCAUUGAAAAAGUUAUCAUUAAUGUAAAUUAUUAAUGAUCAUUUCAUGUGCAAUACCUAUCGUGGAAGCUCAAUGUCUUUUUUAUAUUUUCUUUUUUCUCAUAAAAAAAAAAGGUGCAAUCUGCCAUUAACUUUAAAACACAGUAGGUGCAGGAAGAAUACAAGUCAACGUCAUUGUGCUAAAAAUAUA